ACCACUUUCUGUGAAAAUGGAUGCUAUUUUUCCAUUGACUCCAGAUACGAGUUAGAGAAGGUGUUGGGCAAGGGAUCCUAUGGAACAGUAUGCUCUGCAAUCGAUACAAGAAAAUCACACCCCGAUGCCGAAUACUCUAGGAUUGCAAUUAAGAAGGUGUCCAACAUUUUCAACAAGGAUAUCCUUCUCAAAAGAGCAGUUCGUGAGUUGAAAUUCAUGAGACACUUCAAAGGACACAGAAAUGUAAACUUAGAUAUUGUUUUUACCAAGCCAUAUGACGGUCUCUACUGCUAUCAAGAACUAGCAGAUCUCGACUUGGCUCGAGUUCUCUAUUCCAACAUUCAAUUUUCCGAGUUCCACAUUCAAAGCUUCAUCUACCAGAUUUUGACCGGGUUGAAAUACAUCCACUCAGCUGAUGUCAUUCAUAGGGAUUUGAAGCCAGGAAACAUAUUGGUAACUACACAAGGUACUCUCAAAAUCUGCGAUUUUGGACUAGCAAGAGGAGUCAAUCCACGUUACUUUAAACACCGUUCUUCACAAAUCACCAACUAUGUGGCUACUCGUUGGUACAGAGCUCCAGAACUAAUGCUUUCUGAGAAGAGGUAUACCAAGGCAGUUGAUCUCUGGGCAGUUGGGUGUAUUCUUGCUGAGCUAUAUGGGAGAAAACCACUCUUUCCUGGAAAGAAUCAGAUGGAUCAGAUCCACUGUAUAGUACGAGUACUUGGUACACCCCUUCCAGCUGUCAUCAAUAGAAACAACUGGAAAUUUCUUCUUCCCCCUCGUCCGCAGUACAGGGUAUCUGAAUGGAGCCAAUUGUAUCCAUUUGCUUCCAAGGAUGGGCAGGAGCUUAUUGAAAGCUUGUUACAAUGGGAUCCAGAGAAGAGAUUAAGCGUACACCAAGCCAUCAGCCACCGGUUCAUUGAACCUGUCAGAGACUCCAAUAGUGAAGCUCUAUGUGAGGUGUUCGAUUUCAGUUUUGAAAACAGGGCUACGACUUUAGGAGAACUACGUGAACUAUUGGAGAGAGAGGUAGAGAUGUUCAAAGCGGAGCGGAAGCUGGCGGAAAUGUAA